CCAUGCUCCAGGCCUGCCUAGACCUGUAGUUGCUGCCCAGGGAGCUAAGUCUCCUCCCCAAACAAACUUAAUCUUGUAAACUCAGUAAACCUGGCCUUUCCGCUCUGCCUCUGGCUUUGUUUCAUCCUCCUUUCCCUUCCCCUGCUCUCUGUCCUGUCUCUUGCAGGUCCUGGCUGGCAUGUCAGGAAAGGGGUCCGCUCCCAUGGCCUACUCUGGGGAGCCAGGGCUCCUGUUCUGUGGGUCCUGUGACAUGGUUUUCCGCUCCUGGGAGCUGUUGGCCACCCACACUCAGCGCUUCUGCAUUGGCCGUCCGACCCGAGAGGUGGUGCCACAAGAACACCAGGGCCUCCCAGAGCAGGAGGCCAGCAAAUUGGCUACUAAGAAGCUAACAGAAGAGGUGCAGCGACUGCGGCUGUACCUACAGGAAAUGCGACCCUGGAUAACAGAGGUCUCCAGGGGAUUAGAAGGGCCCCGGAGCCAAACUGAGGUGCAGACUCAGGGCCCCACCCCCGAAGCUGCUGGAAGCCCUGGCGAGCGGCUUCGGGCGCUGCAGGGGACUCACGCAAAGCGGGUGGCGGAGACGGAGUCACAGAGCCGGGCCCUGGAGCGACGCAGCGAGGAAUUGAGCCAACGCCUCCAAGGUUUGGCCCAGACCCGGGGCGGGAUAUCACGCCUUUUCGGUCUGGAGCGGGAGCUUCGAGAACUCCGGGCAGAAGCCGGGCGAACGCGGGGAGCUCUAGAAGUGCUAGGUGCGCACGUUCAGCAGCUACAGCCGGAGCCUGGGACCCGGCUCAACGCCUUGCGAGAGGCAGAACUCUGUUGUCCGGUGCUACAGGCCAACCCAGGGACUCUGGCUGCCGAGAUCGGGGCCCUGCGUGAGGCCUACGUUCGAGGCGGGGGCCGGAACCCCGGCCUUCUGGGCCAGAUAUGUCAGUUGCAGGUGGAGGCAUCAGCGCUGGAGCUGCGGCGGCUGCGGACCUGCAGAGGAAGACGGGCAGGUGCCGCACUGGGGGAGCUUCUAGUGGUGGAAGCCGAAAAUCGGCGCCUGGAGGCAGAAAUCCUGGCCUUGCAGAUGCAGAGGGGCGCAGGCCCUGCGUCCUGGGGGCCUAGCGAGCCUCGACCCGUGGUGAAUCCCCCCCGACGCCUGGGGAGGAGGGAAGAUCCCCCGCGCCUCCCGCCGCCGGUGGCUCCCCCGCUGCCGCCCCAUCCACACUCCACAGGCAUCCUAUUGAGUGGCACAGAAAAGGCCCUGCAGGUUCCUGGCACCCUGACCAGGAACCCUGGCCUGGAUCCAUACUUUCUCCUGCCGGCUCCUGACGUUCUGGGCCCUGCACCCUAUGACCCUGGGGCUGGGCUGGUCAUUUUCUAUGACUUCCUUCGGGGCCUUGAGGCUUCUUGGAUUUGGGUGCAACUCACGACUGGCCUGACACGAGAUGGACAGGACACAGGAGGGGCCACAGCAUUGCCCCCAGCCCUUUGCUUGCCCCCACCUCCAGCUCCUGGGCCCACAGGCAACUGUGCCAUCCUUGCCAGCAGGCAGCCCGUACCCAGGCUGCCACCUUCACCAUCAGCAGCCCUGGUCUGUGAGCUACAGGCCUGGCAGGGGCUGGCAUGGGCUAGGGAACCACAGCCAAAGGCUUGGGCCUCACUGGUGCUAUUUGACCAGGAUCAAAGGGUGCGAAGUGGCCGUUGGCGUCUUCCACUUCGGGCCCUUCCUCUGGACCCCAGCCUUACCCCUGGACAGUUGAAUGGGAUUCCCCAGGUAGGUGAGGUUGAGCUCUUUCUGCGACUGGUUAAUGCAAGAGAUGAAGGUGUCCAGACACUGGCCGAGAUCAACCCAGCAAAUGCCCAGGAGUACCAGUACCCACCUCCACUGAGCAGGUCACCUGCACUGGAAGCAAGCUCCCUUGCCCCAAAAGCUGGCUUUGUUGACCCUCCUCCUCCUGCAGAAGAGCCCUCAGCAGCAGAGUCAAGGAUAGAUGGUUUGGGCCCUCAUCACAGCUUUGACCCACCCCCUCUGGCUUUCUGAAUCUAGGAGAAUGUGGUCAUGAGUACCUUAACAGGCUCAGAACUAGGACUUAGAUGAGGCUUGUUGCCAGACCUGCAGCUUUACUACUACACGUUCUCAAGAGGAUCUAGAAGCAAAUAGCAGAUACAAGCUCAAAAUAGGUCCAAUCACAGCUUUACCACCUUCCACAAAUACUUGGCCUUUAUCAGUUUUCUUCUUGUAAAACAGAUGUGAGGAUUAAAUGGAUGUCAGGUAUUGUCAGUAUUGCCUGGAAUAUAAAUUCUUUGAAAGAUAAGCAGGGGGCACUCUAAUUUGUUAAAGGAACUUCAUAAACUUACCUUUUUUUUGCGCUAAAGCCCAUCUUGUUGCCACACUUCGUUCAGGACAUCCUCCGGGAAGCCUUCCAAGCUAUAAAGGUCCCCGUGAACUAGGAGCUCCUCCCAUACCUUAUACACUUAGAAAUCUGGCUAAAAUUUGAUAUUGGGCCUAUCCCCAGAACCCAGUGCCAUCCAAAGUUCAAAGGCCUAAAAUCCUCAGGACUUGGAACAUGCAAUACAAGGGGAUCUUCAAGAAGUUCAAAGCCAAAGAUUUCUACAGCCAUGAGUUACCAUAACCAGCCCAGAAAAAUUCCAUUUUCUCUAUUUAGGAAAUAAAACAUAAACUGGAAAACUGCCUGACAUUCAAUAGUCAAAUGGCAGGUUCUGACCUACUGUCUGUCUAGUGCAGCAAAGUAACCCUAUGGGUGGUCAGAAUUACUAACUCCCUUUAGGUAAUGUAGGGCAGGCACGGUUUGGAAUUCAGAUCAAUAGUAACUGGUAUUUAACAGGUUCUUAAACUAAGGGUCAGGGCUGAGGCAGCUCAGGCAGGGAGGGUCUCCCACUAGCCUUGCACCCUGAACAUCCCCAGUGGGAUGGCUUUAAUAUCAGUAUCCUGAGCACCCUUUGACUGGACUGGUGGGCCAGUUUCUACCUUUCAACCCCACAUCCCACACUGAAAUGCUUCAGGUAGUUUGGGAUCCCACUGGAAGAUUUUUUUUUUUUUAAGAUUUUAUUUAAGAGAGAGAACAUGAGAGGGGAGAAGGUCAGAGGGAGAAGCAGACUCCCCCCCAAGCAGGGAGCCCGAUGAGGGACUCGAUCCCGGGACUCCAGGAUCAUGACCUGAGCUGAAGGCAGUCGCUUAACCCACUGAGCCACCCAGGCACCCUGGGAGAUCUUUAAACACAAGUCCAGACCAGGAGCAUUUUUUAGCAUCUUUAUUUGAGAGGUCAAAACUGCAGAUGGGUAACAAUUUAGAUUCAAGUUAUAAGAUAUAUUCCAGCCUUUCUGUACAGAAAACAAAACUCCACCAGCCAGCCUCCCCACAAAUUCCUCCAACCACAUCCCACGUGUCGUCCCUCAAGCCACUUUCAAACCAGAAAGCUCAAUUCUCUACAGUUAGCAGACCAGUUUUCCUCAAGGAUCACUUUCCCCCACCCCUCCCCCUCACAAGUUUUCUUCAGUUCUUUUUCCAGGACAGAAUUAUUGACCCCAAUUGGAGACUAGAUGGGUAACAGUUAUCACUCAAGGCCUGGCUCAGGUGGUUAUCAGUUCACAAAGUCCACCAAACAGUAUCAGCACCAAAGAGCAAGAUCUUUACCAAGUCUUGUUUUUGUAGCCCCCAUCAUGGGGACAGCACCACUGAAGGUUUGUAUUUAAAAUGGAAAAGAUAUAGCACCAUUAGAAAACAAAGAGCCUGGCUAUGCUUGAUUUGAUUGCCUCCACAUUAGAC